CGCGGUUAGUAAAUACGUGGCAGCUUGAGUAACUUGAGUGUAUUGCCUUUGCGUCAAGUGCAUCUAAUAUUAUCAUUCAAGCCUACUAAUAGCUUCCAAAAACAGCUAAUUACUACAGGAUAUAUAUUUUUUAUUGAUGUUAAUAUUACAUUUGUAGUGUAAAUCGUUUCUACUAUAUUUAUACUCUUGUGAGAUCUGUUCGUCUGCUUACGGAAUCGUUUUGAUGCUUGCAUAUACAAAAUUAUAAAAUACGGUUUUUGUAAAUUAAUUGAAUUUUAAUAAAAGGGCUUUGGAUUGCUAUGCAUGAGAAAAGAAAAAAGCCUAAUACCAUGCGUGCUCUUAUACUUGUGGGAGGUUAUGGAACCAGAUUGCGCCCAUUGACUCUCAGUCGAGCAAAACCAUUAGUUGAAUUUGCUAAUAAACCAAUGUUGUUUCACCAAAUUGAAGCAUUGGUACAAAUCAAUGUGACAGAAGUGAUAUUAGCCGUAUCGUACAGAGCUCAACAGAUGGAAGAUGAGCUCACUGAAAAAGCCAAAAGUUUAGGAGUCAAGUUGAUAUUUUCUCAUGAAUCUCAACCACUAGGAACAGCUGGUCCAUUAGCAUUAGCAAGAGAAAUUCUAUCAUCCGAUGAUAGUCCAUUUUUUGUUCUCAACUCUGACAUCAUAUGUGAUUUUCCUUUCAAGCAAUUAUUACAAUUUCACAAAAAUCAUGGAAAGGAAGGCACAAUUGUGGUGACGAAAGUGGAAGAGCCAUCUAAAUAUGGUGUUGUAGUUUGCAACGACAAUGGUCAAAUUAACAGUUUCAUUGAAAAACCAGUGGAAUACGUUUCUAAUAAGAUCAAUGCUGGCAUGUAUAUACUGAAUCCAAACGUUUUAAAAAGAAUAGAAUUACGUCCUAUGAGUAUUGAAAAGGAAGUUUUUCCAGCAAUGGCAGAAGAAGGCCAAUUGUACGCUAUGGAAUUAUCAGGUUACUGGAUGGAUGUGGGCCAACCCAAAGAUUUUCUCACGGGAAUGGGCAUGUAUUUAGAAUCUCUUCAAGAAAAAUCACCAGAAAAAUUAUACAAUGGACCAGGAGUGGUGGGAAAUGUUUUAAUUGACCCUACAGCUAAAAUAGGAAAGGAUUGUAGAAUUGGACCAAAUGUUACUAUUGGUCCUGGAGUUACACUUUCUGAUGGAUGCUGUGUUAAACGAACUACUAUCUUAAGAGAUGCUAUUAUCCGUGAACACUCUUGGCUUGAUAAAUGUAUUGUUGGGUGGAAAAGUAUAGUUGGGCGCUGGGUAAGAAUGGAAAAUACAACUGUUCUUGGAGAAGAUGUGAUUGUCAAAGACGAGCUGUACAUAAACGGAGGACAAGUAUUACCACAUAAAAGCAUUUCUAGCUCUGUAACAGAGCCACAAAUAAUCAUGUAACGUAAAUUACAACUAUAUUUUAUAAGAAUGAGCAUCUUUAAAGUGUGCGGGAAGUAUUUUGAUAUAUAAAUAAAAUGAUGACAAAUUCAUUAUGUUUUCUAAUCUAAGAAGUUCCUAAUUUGAUACUGUUCAAUCGUGUGUAAAGUAGUAUGAAAUUGUAAAUUUUUAAAAUAUGUACCGCAAACCAAAUAUAUUUUAAUAUUUUAUAUUAUAAAUAACAUUUAUGAAUGAAGGAAAAAAAUCCAUUUUUGAAGACAUUUUUAACCAUAGUUGAAAUAUUUUUUUAGAAUUAGUUUAUUGUCGAUUUUAUAUUUACCGAUUUAUAUGUUAAUUACACAAGGUCUUUUGAAGAUCAUUUCGAUGUAAAAUUAAAGUUUCACAGAUUAUUAAUGAAAUCAGCGAUAAAGUAUAUCAGAAUGACUUGAAUUUUGAGAAAUAUAAAGUACAAUUUUUUUAUCUAGACUUACUUUGAUACUGUAUGCUAUUUUUAAUAUUGUAUGUUACGUUUUCAUAAUAGUCAUUACAAUAAGCUCAAUUUCAUAAAAAAUGAUUAAUAAUUUCUAAAGUGCUACUAAGUUUCACAUUAAUAAGUUUCCAAAACAAUUUUUAAUGUAAAAUUUAUAGGUACUUAAUAGGCUUAUCAUAUGCUAUUUGAAAUGUAAAAGAUUAAAAAAAUAUAUAAGACUUGAAAUAUGAACAUGUAAAUAAUUUUAUAGUCACAUGUAAAUAUUGUGAUGGUGCGCCCACAUUGUGAGCAUGUAAUUUUGUAUAAUCUAUACAA